AUCAGUAAAGGUCAAACCUUGUACCCACAUAUUGUGAUGCAGGUACUAUUUCUAUUUCCUACCAUGCUUUUUAGUUAUUUUUUAUUCUCUCAUACGCAUGUUCCUACACCUUCCACUUAAUGAUUUAUCUUUUAUUUUGUUGCGGUUUGAAACUGAUUAUGUGGUGGAGAGCACUUUGAUGAUGAAUAAUGACUUGUAUACUACCAAAUACAAAGACAAGCUAGAACCAUCUUAUAAGUUUUACGCAAUGUGCAUGCGAUUGAAUGAUUCGACGGGCUUCAAAUUAACAGGGUUUUAUUCAUGAAGUAUUCAUGAUGAUCUUGUCUGGUACAAAGUUGACUAGACCUGGAAAGUUCGAAGCUGUCAAGACAGUUAUGCUAUUAAAUCGUCAUUGAAAGAUGAAGAAUGAUGAUGGUAUAUUAUAUCCCCUCGAAAAGAGCCUUUUCUUUGUUGCCAAAUCCUCCUACUCUUAUUCUUCAUGAUGAGAUUAUGUAGAAUUUGAGAGAUAUGCUGCAGGAGGAUCAAUGGAUCAUAUAUAUGUAAUCGAGCUAGUGUCGAGCCUAUUCUAGUUUGGUUGGGCGGGUUUGGCCCUUAGAAAGCACAGUCUUACUUGUGGCUGAUAUAUACUAAUAAACAUGGGACAAAAAAGAUAAGUGGCAACAAAAUAACUAAUACUGUGUACAGAUUGUAGCUUUCUAACCAGAUUUCAUAAAAUGAAUGUGUUUCAGGUGAUGUGUGAUGCUUGGCUGGUGAGCCAAUAUUGACUAACAAGACGUGUGCUGCUGCCGAGAUCUUUAGCAAUCGGAAGUCGAAGAGGAGGUUCCAUGGCUAAGUUAUGCCCGGGCAGGUUAUUUAGUCCCGUUUUGAUCCGAACCCGACUCUCCUUUUCCCAUUUGUAACCAUAUAAAACUCCACUUUGUUGGUACACAGUUAUGUUUUCAGCGAUGAACUGUUUGUUUUUGUUUUCUCGAUACAUACUGUGGUUAAGAAUCUUGAAAUUCUAACAUCGAGCUUUUGUUUUGUUCUGAGGAUUACCUAGGUUGCUAGAGUGGUGGUUUCAUGUGACCUCAAGCUGAUCCCGGGAUGGUGCUCAAUGUUACAUGGGCUGGUGCUCAUUGUAACUACAGUCUUAAACUAUUGUGAAGAUGUCUCAAAAAUCAGCUUCAAGCUCCAACAAGAAAUCAGCUGGCGGGGAAGCUUCUCAAUUCCUGUGUUCUUGUGGUGCACCUACGUGGUACAAGAAGAAAGAUUGUGGAUUUAUAAGGUGGGCUGAUACACCUUCAUCUCCACCUUCAAAUUCAUGCUCUACUUUUGAGAAGAAUAACGAAUUGGUUGAGGAAGUGGCUGACAAUGAGUUGGACUUAGUGUCGUCUGUGCUGAAGGAGGAGUGGUUUGAUGACUAUGAUGCUGUGAUAGAAGUGUUGAAAGCAGAGUAUGAAGCGUCUCUUCCAGAUCCAGCAGCGGACUACGACUCAGAAGAGUUGGAAAAGGAUAGGUGGGAAUGUGCAGUUCAACCACCGGAGGAUGAUUGGUACCAUGAUCUGUACCCGGGGGAGCAUUCUUCUGACUCCGAAUAGUCAAAUGAUGAUGCUCAUUGGAAGUAGAUUGUUAGGGUUUUAAAUGUUUGUAUUGAUACAUUAACUGCAUGUGUUUGUA